AUGGUAGCACAUGGGAAAUUAUACACAAGACAUAGACUACAGAGUUGGGGAAUGCAAGUAGAUCAAAAAUGUGUUCUGUGCAAGCAAGCCAACGAAUCCAUACAACACUUGUUCUUUGAAUGCUCAUAUGCAAAUACAUUAUGGAGCACACUGUUAGUAUGGCAAGGGAUUAAAAGAUCAGUAAAUGACUGGGAUGAGGAACUACGAUGGGCUGAGAAGCGGACCAAGAGGAAAACAGCAGCUGCUGAGUUAUACAAGAUGGCACUGGCAGCAACAGUGCACUAUGUGUGGCAAGAAAGGAAUGCUCGAACUUUUCAAGCUAAGGUGAAAGGGUGGGAACUAAUAUGUAAGAAGAUUAUACAAGAGCUUCAUUGUCGAAGCAGUUGGCAUAUAGAGAAAAUACUACAUAGACUUGACUGGUACCCAAUGAAAUAG